UAUCAGCUCGGUGAGAAGGUUCCCGCCAGGGUAGGCAGUGGAGCGCCGCACAACGCGCCUUCCAGCCUCCCAGCUGCAGCCCCAGUAGUUCAGACCCAGCGCCAGCAGGCCUGCUAGAUCGAUCUUCGAGCUGAAGAUGCGUCGGGGCUGGAAGAUGGCUCUGUCCGCGGGGCUGCGGGGCUGCCGCCGGGUACUUUCCUGGGUGCCAGUACUCGUCAUCGUCCUCGUCGUGCUCUGGUCUUACUAUGCCUACGUCUUUGAGCUCUGCCUGGUCACUGUUUUGAGCCCAGCAGAAAAAGUUAUCUACCUCAUAUUCUACCAUGCCAUCUUUGUGUUCUUUACCUGGACCUACUGGAAGUCUAUUUUUACACUCCCUCAACAGCCAAAUCAGAAGUUUCAUUUAUCCUAUACAGACAAGGAGCGCUAUGAAAAUGAAGAGAGACCUGAUGUCCAAAAGCAGAUCCUCGUUGAUAUUGCCAAGAAGCUACCAGUUUACACAAGGACUGGAAGUGGAGCUGUAAGAUUCUGUGACCAGUGCCAUUUGAUCAAGCCAGAUCGCUGCCACCACUGUUCUGUCUGUGCUAUGUGUGUCUUAAAAAUGGACCAUCACUGCCCUUGGGUUAAUAAUUGCAUUGGAUUUUCCAACUAUAAAUUCUUCCUUCAGUUCUUAGGUUAUUCUGUUCUCUACUGCCUGUACAUUGCUACAACGGUCUUCAGCUAUUUCAUCAAAUACUGGAGAGGGGAAUUACCCAGUGUUCGCUCUAAGUUCCAUGUCCUUUUUCUCCUAUUUGUGGCCUGCAUGUUUUUUGUCAGCCUUGUGAUUCUCUUUGGUUACCAUUGUUGGCUUGUCAGCAGAAACAAAACCACCUUAGAGGCCUUCUGUACUCCAGUGUUUAUAAGUGGUCCAAAGAAAAAUGGGUUCAACCUUGGCUUCAUCAAAAAUAUCCAGCAGGUGUUUGGAGACAACAAGAAGUUCUGGUUAAUACCUAUUGGGUCCAGCCCUGGUGAUGGACACUCCUUCCCUAUGAGGUGCAUGAAUGAAUCACAGAACCCACUGCUAGCAAAUGAAGAGCACUGGGAAGACAAUGAUUAUGACAACCCAGAUUAUCCAGAAGGUUCAUCAUCUCUUGCAGUGGAAACAGAAACAUAGCAGUUUUCACAUUUCCUGCAUCUCUAAGACAGG